GACCGCACGCCGGGUCGUGAACACGCUGUGUCCGCCCGAGCAUUCGCGUCCCGAAUAUUUGCAACAUCGAUAUUGGCGAAUAAACGUGAUGUCGUUAUUAAUUCGAUGCUCGAUAUUCUAACGAAGAUUUGCAUCGAAAUUGGUUGGAGAUAAAGCGGGGUGAACGGUGUAUAACAAAUUGAGUGGUGUAUAAUGAGAUUUUUUUUUGUGUAUGGGAUGUGAAAUUUCCGAUCGGCUUAUUAGAUUCGGGGAUCGAAAGCCGCAGCAACGUCCAGGUUCCAGUGUAGUAUCUUACGGAUUAGUACAGACGGAUACAAAUUAAUUGAGUGAAAUAAAGUAGAAUUCGUGGUGAAUCGUUUCGCAAAUUUCCACAACCAAAAAGCUACGAUGAAGUCAAAUAUACAAUCAUAAAUACAUUACUACAGCAAAUAAGGAAAGGGUAGCAAAUAAAUUAAAGUAAUUCGUUAUUUAAACUAAUUUAAUCACAAUGAUAAUAAGAUAUAAUAAACUUAAGCUAUAGUGUUCAGCUAAAACAGGGAUUUAAUGAAAAUAAAACCUCAAGAACUAUUAUGCAUUCAAAGGAGAAAUAUAAAAAAGAAAUUCGUCCACGUAAUAUCCUCUUUCUGAAGCAAUCAGCCUGAGCUUAAAAGCUCUGGCAACAUUUAGAAAUGAGAUGACAAGACUCGAUUCAUAUGAAUUAUGAAUGUUAUUAUGAUCAAUGCGUAAAUUAUAUUAUUAAAAAAGAAAGUGACUUUGCAAAGCUUGUUUAAAUAUGUGAACAGUUGACAUGAUAAUAAUAAGCGCUGUUAAGCGUGAAUUUCAUUAGAAAACUUUUGAUAAAUGCUCGGUGAUGGUAUAAAUUCUGUGCUAAAUAAUGAAUAAAGUGAUACAGUGAUACAAACUUUAGAAUUGUCCAAGUGAGAAGACAAAUAUAAUAGUGCACAAAAUGACUGCUAUGAUACAGAUCGUUAUUGUUUGCGUUAUCCUGCUGUUCAUUGGCGCAGCGAACACGCUGAAGUCUUUACAAAUCCACGCGCCCCGAGCGGUUCUCACGGGCAAGAGCGCCGAGCUGGUCUGCACGUACGAGCUGGAGGGCGCCCAGCUGUACUCCAUACGGUGGUACCGGAACAUGAUGGAGUUCUACAGAUACGUGCCCAAGGAAUCACCCGCGACAAAGGUCUUCCCAGUCGCGGAAAUCAAAGUUGACGUGGCGGGAUCAGACCAGAACAGGGUGAUACUCACAGAGGUAGAUAGGACCUUGACGGGGGAGUACCAGUGUGAAGUAUCCGCUGACGCGCCACUGUUCCAUACAGACAUUAAGUCAGCGGAGAUGGUGGUCGUUGAACCGCCAUUGGUGGGUCCAAAUGUGACGUCAGAUCGUAUGACGUACGUUGGCGGUGAUCACAUAAGGGCGAAUUGCUCUUCCCCUCCUUCGCUGCCAGCUGCCAACAUCACGUGGUACGUCAACGAGCAAAUGGUACCUGGAUUCACUGCUAACCAUGUAACCAACUUCAGCAACGGCUACGCGUCCAGUCUAGCAACCUUGGAGCUGGAAGCAGCCGUGCUAUCGCCAGUGCCUACACUUAUGAUACGGUGCGAAGCUUCCAUAUUUGAUGUAUGGAAAGCAACAAGCCAUACCAUAGUAUUGAGGGAAAGAAGUGCAAGUCCAGCUUCAGCUCUAGGCAGAAGUUUCACAGGGGCAGCGACAGAAACUUGCAUACCGACGAUACUGGUCGUUCUAUUACAAGUGCUCCUACAAUUCCUGUUAGGCAGUUACACCGAAACUUCUAUAAGAUAGUUCAACUGAAGUGAGUAGUUAUUGUAACACAGUAAGUUAUAUACGUACUCAGGGUUAUAAGCGAUUUCUUCGAGAUUUCUAUAAUAAGUAAAGUUAGUGGCCUAAUAAGGAUCCUUGUGGAAUAACCCCAAAGUUUGUUAAGAACGUUAUGGAAGUAACGAGUAAUUUGAUGUUGAAUCGUUUCAUCUGAAUUGUUAUAUACAUUUUUUAUAUUAUUUCUAAUAUUAUCACGAAAAAAGGUUAUAAUGAUAUAUUAUUGUUAACGGAAUAUGAGAAAAUGGUAUGAUUAGAGGAAACAGUUCUAAACGCCUUUUAAAAGUUCGCCACCAUUUUUUGGUAAGUUUGACAUCAGACAACUUAUUUGUGGUAGGUACUGAAAAUACAUGAUCUUUUUUUUCUUCAUUUCAUUAUUUUUUCAUUAGUGAUUCCGAAUAUUAUUACAACCAGUAUUAUAAAAAGUUUGAGAGAGAUAUGUUUCUUAGAUAUAACAAUAAAUUGUAAAAAGUUAAGUUAAAAAAUAAAAAUG